AAUAACCCGUAUAACAGACCCGGGCAACCGUUCUUCAGUUGCCCUUUUCUUCUCCGAUGUAGCAAAAUCAAAGGGUAAGAAAAUGGCUAGCCAAAUGCUUCCGAUUAAUGAUCGAAUGAGAAUUAAUUGGACGUCAAUGAUGGAGCGGUAUUUCAUCGAUCUUAUGUUAGAUCAGUUGCAUAGGGGAAAUAGAAUGGGUCAUACCUUCAACAAACAAGCUUGGACAGAUAUGCUAACCAUGUUCAAUUCAAGAUUCGGGACUAAAUAUGACCGAGACACCUUGAAAAGUCAUUAUUCAAAUUUGUGGAAGCAAUACAAUGAUGUGAAGAAUCUUCUUGAACAGAGUGGAUUUUCUUGGGAUGAUAAUCGAAAAAUGGUUGUAGCUAGUGAUGAUGCAUGGGCAACCAUUAUCAAGGCGAACCCUGAUGCACAGUACUACUGGAGGAAGUUUUUGGUGAACUUCAAUGAUUUGUGCUUGAUAUUUGCAUAUACAGCAGCAGAUGGAAGAUACAGCCGUUCAAGUCAUGAUAUAGACUUGGAUGAUGAUAUUCAAGGCCUGAACUUUGAUGCUGGAAUGGGUGGCUUUCCCUCAGAAAGCACUAAUUGUGUGAAGGCAAAGUGGACAUCGGCCAUGGACCGAUUUUUUCUUGAGCUUAUGUUGGUCCAAGUCAAAAAAGGAAGCAAAAACAAUAAUACAUUCAGCAAAGAAGCAUGGAAAGACAUGCUUACUUUGUUCAAUGCAAAAUUUUGUUCUCAAUAUGGAAAAAAUGUUCUGAAGCGCCGCUAUAAGAAACUUUUCAAGUACUAUUGUGAGAUGAGAAGUCUACUUGAGAGAAAGGCACACCCUGAUAUGCAUUCAUAUAGAAAGAAGACCUUACUAAACUAUCAAGAUUUGAGCUUGGUUUAUGGAAAUGAACUCAUUAGUGGACAUCAAGGUUGCAUGCACCAAGAUGAAAACUUUGAAGAUGUGACAUUACAAGUUAAAACUGACAGAAAUAAGGGUCACCAUCACUCUGUUCGAAGUGACGUGGGACCAUGUUGGAAAUCAUCAAUGGAUCGCUACUUUAUUGAUUUGUUGCAAAACCAGGCGCUUAUAGGGAAUAAAAUCGGUCAUGAAUUAACAACUGAAGCAUGGGUUGAAUUAACCAGGUUGUUCAAAGCAAAAUUCGGGUCACAAUAUGAUGAUUGCAUCCUGAAAAAUCAGUUCAACCAUUUGAGGACGAGGUAUAAUGACAUAAAAUUUCUUCUCGAGCAGAGUGGCUUUUCUUGGGAUGAAACUCGAGACAUGGUAACUGCUGAAGAUUGUGUUUGGGAUUCUUAUACCAAGGUGUAUCCUCAUGUUCAAUCAUACAGAAAUAAAUCUGUUGCAAGCUACUACAAGCUAUGUGUUAUAUAUGGGGAAGAAAGUUCCAGUGGAAGAUACAGUGACAUGGCUCAACAGGCGGAUAUUGACAGCAAACCUCCAGUGUUGAUGGUUGGAGAAGACCAAUGCCUUGCAAAUGGUGAUUGUUCAAAGCCAGAUUGGACACCUUCAAUGGACCGCUAUUUUAUUGAUCUUAUGUUAGACCAAGUUCAUAGAGGGAAUAAGAGCAGUUACACUUUGGAUGAUCAAGCUUGGAUUGAUAUGGCUGUUAUGCUCAAUGAAAGAUUUGGAUCACAACAUGAAAAAGAUAUCCUGAGGCAGCGCCAUGAAAGUUUGGGAAAGCUUUUUAGUGGCAUGAAGAAUCUUCUUGGCCAGAAAGGGUUUUCUUGGAAUGAAACACAGCAGUUAGUCAAAGCAUAUGAUGAUGUUUGGGAGGCUUAUACGAAGGAACAUCCUAAUGCCAGAUCAUACAGAUCCACUCCGAAGCCAGAUUACAAUGACUUGUACUUGAUUUAUGGAAAUUCAAUUUCAGAUGAAGGCCAUAACCAAUCAGGUCAAGGAGCCAAAAAUUGCAAUCGCGGCUUCUGGAAUGCUGAUUGGACACCAUCAAUGGACCAAUUAUUUAUAGAUCUAAUGCUAGAGCAUGUUCGUCAAGGAAGUAUGGUUGAUCAAAGAUUUAAUAAACAAGCCUGGAGUGAUAUGGUUUCAAAGUUUAGUGCUGCAUUUGGAUCUCAGCAUGACCAAUAUGUCUUAGAAGGGCGUUUUAUGAAUUUAAGGAAGCUAUUUGGUGAUAUGAAAAAUUUACUUGAUCAGAGUGGAUUUGCUUGGGAUGACCGAAGACACAUGAUAAUUGCUGGUGACAGUCUUUGGAAUGCUUAUCUGAAGGAUUACCCUGAUGCACAUCCAUACCGCAAUAGGGCUCUUCCUAAUUACGAUGAUUUGUUCUUGAUAUAUGGAGACAAAAACAAUCAUCAGAGUAACCACCAUCACUCAGUGGUUGGCAAUGGCCAUGCCCUCGGAUCAAAUGUUGAUGACGAAGAUGGGCUAUCCCCUAUUGAUUCUAAUCAUCCAUGGAUAAAUUGGACAAAACCGAUGGAAAUAUAUUUUAUAAAACUCAUGUCAGAGCAGGUGCUUGAAGGGAACAAAAACCAUGAGACAUUCAAUGAGCAAGCUUGGGCCUGGAUAGUUGCAGCAUUCAAUGAAAAAUUUAGACUUCUAUGUGAGAGAGAUGCUGUCGAAAGCUGGUAUCUAAGCUUGAUGAAAGAGUAUAGCAACAUUACAAAUAUUCUCAAUCGGAACGGUUUUGCUUGGGAUGAAACAGAGCAGAUGGUGAUAGCUGACGAUGAUGACUGGUCUGCUUAUAUCAAGGAACACCCAGGUGCAAUGAAAUACAAAGACAGGGUCCUGGGUAGUUAUAACGAUCUUUGUGUAAUAUAUGGUAAUAGCGUGGCAGCAGGGAGAGCAAGUUACUUGGGUGUAAACACGGUGAUUGACAACAAUGCCUUCGAUAUGGGGAUUGAUGGUGUUUUUGGAGAUGCACCAUACCCUACUGGAAAACUUGAAAUAUCUGAUCGAAGGCAUAAACGGAAGUCUCUGUCUUCCUCCACAAUGAUGGCUUCGAGGAAAGUUCACAGACCUAAGCGAGGAGAGGCUAAAGAACCAGUUGGUCUGAAACCAAUGGGAGUUAUGGAGGAGCACAAUGAAGAACGGAUCUCAAUCGAAGAAAUUGUCAAUGCACUUCAAGUUAUACCAGACAUGGACGAUGAGAACUUCUUGGAAGCUUGUAAACUUCUAGAAAAUGAGGAAAAAGCCAAGGUAUUUGUGGCCAUGGACGUAAAACAGAGAAGGAAAUGGCUAUUUAGAAAGCUUUACAGAUAGCAUUAUCAUAUAUCUGACUUAGCUACUGUGAUUAUCAUUGUACAGUUCAAAGUUUGGUCUGUGUAAAAUAGUAGGUCCAGUGCUAAUGUAAAGCAGUUCUUUGAAGUGAUCUGCUGUUCGAUCUCCAUACGGCAAGGGAUUACGAAAUCUACUGAUUUCUUCUAUGUUUCAAGCCCCGCAUUGGACCCCAUAUUUUUCAAGCAAUUUCUUUUCUCUUUUCUUUUGCCA